AGCACCGGAAGGCUUUUACCCGUACAAACACUUUUUUCUCAUUGAUCUUGCUGCAACUCUAUUCCUAGACACCAAUAAGAACACAGAAACUACUGCUCCGAGUAGAGGUAUAAUCCACAACCAAAGAUGACGUUUUCUUGUUCAUCUUGUCGCUGCUCACAGCUUCGCCUGCGCCAGCUUGUUCUGCAUACGGCGGUGAGUCUCGUCGCGGCAGGCUUUUUUUCCUGCUGUAGUCCUCCUGCAGGUGCGCACGCACUCCAGCUUCAGGCGUCACAGACAAGGGCGAAAUCGCCCGGAGUGUGGUCUCGACAGGGGGUCCUCACCGGUGAGCCAUCAGUGCAAGCAGCGGCCACGACGUCGUCGAGUGGAGCCGGUAGGAGAUUUGAUCGGCCACGAGGUCAAGUGGAGCCGCCAGCGACGAACGGACCGGCUUCUAGGAGCUCGGAUCGGCUACGAGGUCGAGUAAAGCCGCCAGCGACGAACGGACCGGCUUCUACCUCCGGAGCUUCUUCCUCCGGCACCCCGGCACUUCCUCCGGCAGCUUCUUCCUCCAACGCGACUCCCGGCGCUUCUUCCUCCGCAGCUGGCGAUGUUGCCGGACGAGGUGCAAUAUUCCCCAUUUGUUUGGAGGACAAUGUGAAAGAAUGCCCCAUUUGUUUGGAGGACGUUCCGGCGGACCGCAUGAAGAAAAUGUGUUUUGCAGUGACAAGUGACGGACAGCAAAAGCCACACUUUGUAUGCGUGCCGUGCGCGGGGGAGUGUCGAAAGAAGUGGGGAUCGUUGCGGUGCCCCGUGUGCAACGGUCCGUCAUAUGAGCGGGAAAUGGUGGAUCUAGUUCUACGUCGAAAUCUAUGGCUUCAUGUUGGCGGUUUUUGUGCACUACACAUUAAAAAGUGGUGUGCAAGGGCCGCUAUCCUCGGGGCCGGAUGUACUGUAGUAUCGGCAGCGACCGGAUGUGCAGUUGCUGUUCCGGGGGUGGGCGCACUCGCUUGCGGGUGCGGAGCAUAUAUGGCAGAAAGGUUAUAUCUCUGCGCUUAUCGUGCAGCAAGACAGCACACGCCUCACACGACCAGCACAGCACGCCCCUGCUAGUGCACCUGUACAGGGACGAGGGCCGUUCUCCUCUUGCGUAGUUGCUAACGUGUACUGUGACAAAGGCCCGGGUUGUCGGUGUAUUGUUCAGUGCCCUCUUUCAGCAUCAGUCAUGCAGCAUGGGUCUAUCGCUCCUGAUGGGUAUGCGAAAGCGAAUAAGUAAUAUUUUAGUAGAGGUUUUUAUGUUCAUUUACGAAACUACACCAUAUGUUCCGCAGUCGAUAUGGUACUAAUAUGUCCGCAGGCCUCCGAUGACGACUGUAAAAGACAUGCAUCAGCACAGCUUUCUCUGAAUUGCGUAGAUACUCUCUCAUUUUUUGUAUGCGCGUUGUGCUACGGUGGUCGUGGGAGUGUUGUAAAGCGUGUCUGCUGCAUAGCAAGGAGAGGCGAGUACAAGACGCGUGGCGGCAGAUGGAAGGCGAAGGGAUGGCGUAGGCCCCAUGGACCUCCGCAAAAGAAUUGCACCCGGACGAACUGGGUGGUGCUAUCGCUUUCUUGCCAGCAUUUAAACAGACCGGUCGCUCCUCCGCAGAAGUUUUAGCAGUCCCCGCUACGUCGACCGAGUUGGUCUACUUCUUUACGAUGGUAGUAUAAACGUAUCGUUGAAAAUCAAAGUAAACGCUCGCAACCACCUCUUGCAGCCUUGUAAAUAACCCAAAAAUCAAUGAUUGUCAUUGUUUGCGCAGAAGCUGCCAGCAUGCGAGUGUAGUAGACUUUUAUCAUUCAUCUUCGCAACCACAAAUUUUUAACAAGGACCACCAGGAGUCCUCGGACAACGAAACUAGUUCUGGUUGAACUAUCAUCAAGCCAUGUUGAAAUAUCAUCCAGCCCGACCAUCGAAGUCUAUGACGAGAUUUUUCUUUUACGAGUACUACUGGUAGAACUACCUGGCAAUAGAUUUGCAAAUCAGCUGCAUAAGAAGAGCACCGCGCCAAUUCUAGGUUAGGGUACUUGACGCGCGCGUUCGACGUCUUCUUCAUUUUCAACCCAUUUGACGUCCUCAACACAGGGUCGUGUGCAUUAGAAAUACGAAAUUAUAAGCGCAUUAUACCCCGCUUCGCUACAGACGUGCAAGAUUUACAAGUACUGCAUUGUUCUGGAAUUCUGUUAUAUGGUGAGAGGAGAGAACGAAGAAGCAAAGCCAAGUUGACUGCUUUAUUUCAGAAUGAAAAUCUCUACAUUUUUGCCCCCUCCUCCUCUGCCUAUUUUACAUAGGCGGAUAUGAAGCAGACUUGUGUCUGCGAUUUUGCCUAUUUUGAUACAACACGGCGCAUCGUUAUAAGUAUAGCAGCGCCAAAACAAAACAAAAAAAAAGCCCGAAAGAACUAGUACAGCCAGCACAUUAGGGACGAG